AUGGCGUUCCGCAAAGACCGCGUGAAGCCUACGCACUACCCAAGGCUCCCUUUCCAUCUGAUCAGAAGCGCACAACUAGUCUCGUCCUUAGUAGUUGCGAGUAUAAUGUUCUACUUCCUCAAAGAACUAGCACACGAUAAUUACAAGCUGCCAUGGACUUUCAUAUUACUCUUCGCCGUCUCCCUCCUCACAAUCCUCGCUCUGACAACGACAAUCGUCCUACACUGCUUCUACGGUCUGAACCCCGUCCUCAAUACGAGCUUAAAUGGCGCCCUCACACUCCUCUGGUCCGUAGCCUUUUCGCUGCUAUCAUGGUGGUCUUCUAGUACACUUUCACACGUCUGCAACGUUGACAAUUGGGAGGACGAGCUAGGCAUCUCCGUAUGCAGACUCUACAAGGCCCUGUUUAGCUUCGCGUUACUGGGUCUGGUGGCGACAUUGUUGGCACUGCUGUUGGAUGUGAGGGUGCAGCGUAAUGCGACGCAGAGGGGCACGUUUCAGCAGCUUCAGAUGAUGGGUGGUGGGGAUGGAAAGAGGGAGGUUGGCGAGCAGGAGCAUGACGAACAUGACGAGCAUGAGGUGCACCCCAAUUCCACUGCGGCGCGGAGGAACCACGGCCAGCAGCAGAGGGGGGGAGAAGGGUAUGCGCUACCAGAAGAGCAGUUUGCAUAUGAAGACACAGCAUAUCAAGGUGCCGCGGGGCAGGUGGGACGGAGGAGUUUGCAGCAGAGACCGUAG